GCAAUUUAGUCUGAUGAACUUGGUCUUGUUUCUCUCAGGGAUGACUUCUUGUCAGUAGGGUUCAAAUUGGUGUUAUAGUUGACAAAAGAAGAAGAAUAGAAGCAGUAGAGGAAAGUGGUUAUUUAGUGGAUUCUUCUAUGUCAAUCCAAGCCAAUUCCUUACUGCAGAAGUUUUUUCUUCAUGUUUCUUGUUGUUGUUGGAGUCAAAAGUGGUUGUAUAGUGAAUUCUACCAUGUCAAUCGAAAUCAAUUCCUUAAUGUUAUCAGUUUUUUCAUGUUUUUUGUUGGAGUUACGUCAGCUUGUAUGUACAAGUUGAUAUUUGGGUUGGCCAACCCUAGCAGCAGUUGGCAGUUGGCAGUUGGCAGUUGCAAAGAGAGGUAAUAACACAUCAAAUUAUUAAGACGUGUGGAAUCCUGGAAUCAUGAUUAAUACGAUCAACACGUGGAGUCUUUAAAAGGAAAGAAAUCCAAUUGAGGCAAUGCUUUGGAGAAGAAUCAACAAACUUUGAAAUCUAGAAGUUAGUUGCCCACAACCGUUGGUCUCCACGUGUUGCAUCCAUCUAUUUCUUUCCUAUUGAAAACUUCAUGUCUGAUCAUGUUGAUCAUGAUUCAAGGCCUUCACAUGUGAAUAAUAAUUUGAGGUGUUUUCAAGAGGGGGAAUUCAGCAGCAGCUGCCAGUUUGCAAUGAAGGUGUAUUUAGUAGAUAUUGACCCUGCUUACAGUCAUUGACUCAGCCAGUUCGUUAUUGCAGUUCCUGUUUUUGUUUCUCAACCUGAAUCAGAAUGUUUGAGAGGUCAUCAUGACAGGUAGACAAAUAUACUCCUUUCCAAUCACCCUAAGAUCUGGGUUAAGAUGAAAUCUCUUGACGUGGUGACGCAUGCUUGUAGAAUAGGGGAAUUGGCUGUUGUGCAAACUGCAGGUGCUGGUGGACGAUGGACAAAAUGACAUGUUAUUUUCAACCCAAUUAGCAAAUGCUGUAGCUCAAGACAAUCUGAAUGCCUUAUGCCUCUUUAUGCGUUACAAGCUACCAAUAAUCUUCUCUGCUUGGUGGGUGGCCUUUACUUUGUAAGAGUUUUUCAAGUCAGUGUCAUUGUUAGCACACAUGCAAGGUUAGAUUUCGCUUUCUGUGUUAAGCUUGUUUGUCCUGUUUGAAAAGAUUGACAUUGUUUGUUUGUGUCCAAAACUUUCUUCAUUGUUGAAAUUAAAUCACAUACAUUUCU